AUGUUGGGACCAUCCACCACCGCACCAUACCAGGAUGGAGAUAAAAUUGAGGCAUGUCCGGACAGUGACUGUAUCGAGCAGCUCAAGACACAGGGUGUCCAAUUCCAACCCCCGCCCUUGCCCUCCAUGCAUCGAUCCUUAGCUAAUUCUUGGCCGUUAGGAUUGCUCUCCUUCGCCACAGAUACAUUCCUGCUUUCCAGGCUGGGGGUGCACGCCCGAAGCAUCGAGCAAACCAACAUGGCCAUUGGAGUCUUGCUGUGCUUUGGCGGUAUCAGUCAAUUUCUCUCGGGAAUUAUGGAGUACAUCAACGGGAAUACGUUUGGAACCACGCUCUUCCCGUCUGAUGGAGCGUUCAGUCUCAACUUUGCCAUGAGUAUAUGUCCUUCCUGUGACCAGAGAUUCGGGGCUGACAAAUAUUUAACAAAUAUUUCUACCUGGAACUGGUAUUCAAUCAGGUAUACCUCGGAACUACUCUUCCCUGUGAAACGGAUCCCUCUAACCCAGCAUCCAGCCUAUACCGAUGCUAGCGGCAAUAUCCAAUCCUUUUUCUACGACGCUGUGGGUGCAUACUGCUGA